GGAGGGGGCUGGGAAGAGAGGCUCCCGGGAGCAGGAAGCCAGGCCGCGGGCAGACUAGGCUGCAGGGCCCCUCGCUGCACUAGCAAACAGGAAGGACUGCCCCCUGAGCUCUGAGCUCUGGGCUCUGGGCCCGGGAAUCGCCGCGCUGCAGGGCUGCAGAUCGGGUCGAGGGGAAGGAGGCGAGCGGACACCGGAGGGCACCGGAGUUCCACGGGUCCCCGCGCCUGCUCCGCCACGCUCCAGUCUCGGCUCCCGGCCUUCCCGCGCGCCCAGGCAGGCCAUCUGCAGCGGCCGCGAUGAAGGCCGGAUCAGGGGAUCAGGGGAGCCCCCCGUGUUUCCUGCGCUUCCCGCGGCCCGUGCGGGUGGUAAGUGGCGCCGAGGCCGAGCUCAAAUGCGUGGUCCUGGGGGAGCCGCCGCCCACUGUCUUGUGGGAGAAAGGCGGGCAGCAGCUGGUGGCCUCCGAGCGCCUGAGCUUCCCGGAGGACGGCGCCGAGCACAGCCUGCUGCUGAGCGGCGCGCUGCCCACCGACGCCGGGGUCUACGUGUGCCGCGCCCGCAACGCGGCUGGAGAGGCCUACGCGGCGGCCGCGGUGACCGUCCUGGAGCCUCCCGCUCCAGAGCCAGAGCCCCAGUCCUCUGAUUGCCCGCUGCAACCUCCGGGCACCGGGGAGAGCGCCCCGGUGUUCCUAACGGGGCCCCAGUCCCAGUGGGUGUUGCGCGGGGCGGAGGUGGUGCUGACGUGCCAGGUGGGAGGCCUCCCGGAGCCCAAGCUGUACUGGGAGAAGGAUGGGAUGGCCUUGGACGAAGUGUGGGACAGCAGCCACUUCGCGCUGGAGCCGGGCCGCGGCGCCGAUGACCAGGGUGCGAGCCUGACGCUGCGCAUCCAGGCAGCGCGGCUGCCCGAUUCCGGGGUGUACGUGUGCCACGCCCGCAACGCGCACGGCCACGCGCAGGCCGGCGCACUACUCCAGGUGCACCAGCCCCACGAGAGCCCGCCCCAGGACCCGGAUGAGGCCCCCGUAUCCGUGAUGGAGCCUCUCAAGUGUGCACCCAAGACCUUCUGGGUGAACGAGGGCAAGCAUGCCAAGUUCCGCUGCUACGUGAUGGGCAAGCCGGAGCCCGAGAUCGAAUGGCACUGGGAGGGCCGCCCUCUGCUCCCCGACCGCCGCCGCCUAAUGUACCGCGACCGUGAUGGUGGCUUUGUACUUAAGGUGCUCUACUGCCAGGCCAAAGACCGUGGGCUCUACGUGUGCGCGGCGCGCAACUCGGCGGGCCAGACGCUCAGCGCGGUCCAGCUGCAUGUGAAAGAACCCCGCCUCCGAUUCACAAGGCCCCUCCAGGAUGUGGAGGGCAGAGAGCAUGGGAUUGCGGUGCUGGAGUGUAAAGUACCCAACUCUCGAAUCCCCACGGCCUGGUUCCGAGAGGACCAACGACUCUUACCCUGUCGCAAAUAUGAGCAGAUUGAGGAGGGCACCGUGAGACGCCUCAUCAUCCACAGGCUGAAGGCGGAUGAUGAUGGUGUCUAUCUGUGCGAGAUGCGGGGUCGAGUGCGCACUGUGGCCAAUGUGACGGUCAAAGGACCCAUCCUGAAGCGCUUACCCCGGAAGCUUGAUGUCCUGGAGGGAGAGAAUGCAGUGUUGCUGGUGGAGACCAGAGAAGCUGGGGUCCAGGGGUGCUGGAGCCAUGACGGAGAGGAGCUACCAGCCACCUGCCAGAGCAGUUGUGGUCACAUGCAUGCCCUGGUCCUUCCAGGGGUGACCCGAGAAGAUGCUGGCGAGAUCACCUUCAGCCUGGGCAACUCCCGUACUACCACUCUGCUCAGAGUCAAAUGUGUCAAGCACAGUCCUCCUGGGCCCCCUGUUUUGGUUGAGAUGUUCAAAGGCCAAAAGAACACGGUCCUGCUGACCUGGAAGCCCCCCGAGCCAGCCCCAGAGACCUCCUUCAUCUACCGCCUAGAGCGGCAGGAGGUUGGCUCUGAAGAUUGGGUCCAGUGCUUCAGCAUUGAGAAAGCCGGAGCUGUAGAGGUGCCAGGGGACUGUGUACCUUCUGAGGGUGACUACCGCUUCCGCAUCUGCACAGUCAGUGAACAUGGCCGCAGUUCCCAUGUCGUGUUCAAUGGUUCUGCUCACCUCGUGCCCACAGCUCGCCUGGUGUCAGGCCUGGAGGACGUGCAGGUGUAUGAUGGGGAAGAUGCUGUCUUCUCCCUUGAUCUGUCCACCAUCAUCCAGGGCACUUGGUUCCUUAAUGGAGAACAGCUCAAGAGUGACGAGCCAGAAGGCCAGGUGGAGCCUGGAGCCCUGCGGUACCGUGUAGAGCAGAAGGGCCUGCAGCACAAACUCAUCCUGCAGGCUGUCAAGCACCAGGACAGUGGGGCCCUGGUAGGCUUCAUCUGCCCUGGAGUGCAAGACUCGGCUGCUCUCACUAUCCAAGAAAGCCCAGUGCACAUCCUGAGUCCCCAGGACAAGGUGUCACUGACCUUCACAACCUCUGAACGUGUGGUGCUGACCUGUGAGCUCUCAAGGGUGGACUUUCCAGCAACCUGGUACAAGGAUGGGCAGAAAGUGGAGGAGAGUGAGUCACUCAUGGUAAAGAUGGACGGGCGCAAGCACCGGCUGAUCCUGCCUGAGGCUGAAGUCCGAGACAGCGGUGAAUUUGAAUGCAGAACCGAAGGGGUCUCAGCCUUCUUCAACAUCACUGUUAAAGAUCCCCCAGUGCACAUUGUGGACCCCCGAGAGCACGUGUUCGUACACGCCAUCACCUCCGAGUGUGUCAUGCUGUCCUGUGAGGUGGACCGGGAGGACGCCCCUGUCCACUGGUACAAGGAUGGGCAGGAGGUCGGGGAGAGUGACUUCAUGGUACUGGAGAAUGAAGGGCCCCAUCACCGCCUGGUGCUGCCUGCCGCCCAGCCCUCCGACGGGGGCGAGUUUCAGUGUGUGGCUGGAGACGAACGAGCCUACUUCACCGUCACCAUCACAGAUGUCUCCUCCUGGAUUGUGUACCCCAGCGGCAAAGUCUAUGUAGCAGCUGUACGCCUAGAGCGAGUGGUGCUGACCUGUGAGCUCUUCCGGCCCUGGGCUGAGGUGCGCUGGACCAAAGAUGGGGAGGAGGUGGUGGAGAGCCCAGCACUGCUCCUGGAGAAGGAAGACACCGUCCGUCGCCUGGUGCUGCCCUCCGUCCAGCUUGAGGACUCCGGCGAGUACUUGUGUGAAAUCGAUGAUGAAUCCGCGUCCUUCACUGUCACCGUCACAGAGCCUCCUGUGCGGAUCAUAUACCCCCAGGACGAGGUGACCUUGGUUGCUGUUAGUUUGGAAUGUGUGGUGCUGACGUGUGAGCUGUCUCGAGAGGAUGCGCCUGUGCGCUGGUAUAAGGAUGGGCUGGAGGUAGAGGAAAGUGAGGCCCUGGUGCUGGAGAGUGAUGGGCCUCGUCGCCGGCUGGUGUUGCCUGCUGCCCAGCCAGAGGACGGGGGCGAAUUUGUCUGUGAUGCUGGAGAUGACUCGGCCUUCUUCACUGUCACCGUCACAGCUCCACCGGAGAGGAUUGUGCACCCAGCAGCCCGAUCCCUGGAUUUGCAGUUUGGGGCUCCAGGACAUGUGGAGCUGCGCUGCGAAGUGGCCCCGGCUGGGUCCCAGGUGCGCUGGUACAAGGAUGGGCUAGAAGUAGAGGUGUCAGACGCCCUGCAGCUGGGUGCCGAGGGCCCUGCCCGGACUCUCACCCUGCCCCACGCCCAGCCCGAGGAUGCCGGGGAGUAUGUGUGUGAGACCCGAGAUGAGGCUGUCACCUUCAACGUCAGCCUGGCUGAGCUCCCAGUGCAGUUCCUGGCCCCAGAGGCAGCCCCAAGCCCGCUCUGUGUGGCUCCUGGGGAGCCAGUGGUGCUGAGCUGUGAACUGUCCCGAGCGAGCGCACAAGUGUUCUGGAGCCAUAAUGGGAGCCCUGUGCAGCAGGGUGAAGAACUAGAGCUGCGAGCUGAGGGUCCCCGCCGAAUCCUCUACAUCCGGGCUGCAGACCUAAGUCAUGCAGGCGUCUACACCUGCCAGUCUGGGGCAGCCCCAGGGGCCCCAAGCCUCGACUUCAAUGUCCAGGUGGCUGAAUCCCCACCAGUGAAACUAGUCUCCGAACUGACGCCCCUGACGGUCCACGAGGGCGAUGAUGCCACAUUCCAGUGUGAAGUUUCACCACCGGAUGCCCAGGUCACCUGGCUACGCAAUGGAGCUGUUGUUACUCCAGGGCCUCAGCUGCAAAUGGUCCAGAAUGGGUCAAGCCGCACUCUGAUCAUCCGAGGCUGCCAGCUCAAAGACACGGGGACCGUGACUGCCCGAGUGGGAGCCACAGACACAAGUGCCAGGCUCCAUGUUCGAGAGACAGAGCUGCUAUUCUUGAGGCGGCUGCAGGAUGUGCGGGCUGAGGAAGGUCAGGAUGUGUGCCUUGAGGUAGAGACAGGCCGAGUGGGUGCAGCUGGAGCCAUUCGCUGGUUACGAGGUGGGGAGCCUCUUCCCCUUGACUCUCGUGUGACCACUGCCCAGGAUGGCCAUGUCCACCGCCUCUCCAUCCAUGGAGUCCUACUUACCGACCAGGGUACCUACGGCUGCGAGAGCCACCAUGAUCGUACCCUGGCCAGGCUCAGUGUGAGGCCCCGGCAGCUGAGGGAACUUCGGCCUCUGGAGGAUGUGACUGUCAAUGAGGGGGACAGUGCCACCUUCCAGCUGGAGCUGUCCCAGGAGGGUGUGACUGGAGAGUGGGCCCAGGGUGGAGUCCGGCUGCACCCGGGGCCCAAGUGCCACAUUUAUUCAGAAGGCCGUACUCACCGCUUGGUGCUCAGCGACCUGGGUCUGGCUGACUCAGGCUGUGUCUCCUUCACUUCGGAUACCCUUCGAUGCGCUGCUCGGCUCUCAGUGAGAGAGGUCCCAGUGACUAUUGUGCGGGGGCCACAGGACCUAGAAGUGACCGAAGGGGAUGCAGCCACGUUCGAGUGUGAACUUUCCCAGACUUUGGCUGAUGUUAUAUGGGAGAAGGAUGGGCAGGCACUGUCUCUCAGCCCGCGGCUCCGGCUCCAGGCUCUCGGCACGCGCCGCCUUCUGCUGCUGCGGCGCUGCAAUUCCUUGGACGCCGGGACCUACAGCUGCGUUGUGGGGACUGUCCGCGCCGGGCCUGCGCGCCUGACAGUGCGCGAGCGCCAAGUGUCCGUGCUCCGUGAGCUCCGGUCUGUUAGCGCUCGCGAAGGGGACGGCGCCACGUUCGAGUGCACCGUGUCGGAGACCGAGACCACCGGGCGCUGGGAGCUCGGAGGCCGCGUCCUGAGACCCGGAGGCCGCGUCCGCAUCCGUCAGGAAGGGAAGAAACACAUUCUGGUGCUGAGCGAGCUGCGAACCGAGGACACCGGUGAAGUCUGCUUCCAGGCGGGACCCGCCCAGUCCUUGGCUCGGCUGGAGGUGGAGGCGUUGCCCCUCCAGAUGUGCCGCCGCCCACCUCGGGAGAAGACGGUCCUGGCUGGCCGCAGGGCGGUGUUGGAGGUGACUGUGUCCCGCCCUGGAGGCCAUGUGUGUUGGAUGCGGGAGGGGGUCGAAUUGUGUCCGGGAAACAAGUAUGAGAUGCGCAGCCACGGCCCCACCCACAGCCUGGUCAUCCAUGACGUCCGACCUGAGGACCAGGGCACCUACAGCUGCCAGGCGGGCCAGGACAGUGCUGACACACAGCUGCUGGUUGAGGGUGAGUAA